AUGUCGUCCACCUUGACUGGCCCUUCCCCAGACGAUGCACAUCCAGCCGAGGACCACGGUACGUUUGGUAGAAAGCGGCCUCGCUCACACGAUGACUCUGCAUCUUCCGAUGGACCGGACCCUGUGCGUCACCGGCCUCUUUCCUGGCAACCAUCAGCUCCUGUGGAACCUUCCGUGAAAUCUACUCAGCUUCGUUCCAUCGGCGUUGAGUCGAUUCUGAACCCACCGUCAAAAGCAGCAGUCGUUGCAGCAGAACCCGGUCGCGAAGGAUUGGGGUCCCAGGUGCCGACUACUUCAUCGUCACCAUCCCAUGCACGACUGCCCUCCUCCCCAUCAGUCCAUCUUCCCUCUCCCUCUGUUCACCCAGCAAAACGUCUCUCUGCAUCUCCCGCUAUGAAACACCAUCAGGCUAUUGCCCCUGCUUCUCCUUCUGCGCGUUUUGUUCCAACGGGAGGCGGCUACGCCCAGAGACUGGGUGUUUCACAGUCUCCUCUGGCUCACCCAUCUCGUCUAGCCUCUUAUUCAGCAGCUCCAGGCUCUCCCCUAUCCGUUGAUCCAUUCCCUGGGCAGUCAGUAUCGACAUCCACGCAUCCUGCCCCGGCUCCAGUCUCCAUGCAUUCGACUCCAACUUUCCACAGCCGUCGGACAAGCGCCAACCCCACACCUGCUCCCAGCUCUCAGGAAACAAGCCCUACAACCCCCGUCUCUGCUUACAGUCAGCUCGGGCGGUCAUCUCCAGCAGUAUCUGCUGCGCCAAUGCAGCAAACUACACCCUCUUUCCUCAAUGCAACCGCGUACGGAUCCAGUGAGCCCGCCACUCGCUUGCCUUCAGUAAUGGCGGGACCAAGAUCUACGGGUGAAGAAGCGGCUACUGCGGGAGCCCCGCCAGAGAAUCCUCCUUAUCCUGGCAUGAUUCCUUGCAUUCUAGACCUGAAAUCAGGGUCUUCUAGUCAGGCAGAGAAACGGAAGGCGAACAGCGAUGCAUCGAGGAGGUUCCGGAAUCGGAAGAGAAACGAAAUGCAGCUGGAGCAAAAGAUUGCCGGGCAACUGGAAGAGAUCCAGAAGAAAACUGAAGAGUUGAAAAGGCGGGACGAUCAAAUCCGAUCUCUGAUGCAGGAACGAGAUUUCUAUCGCUCUGAGAGGGAUUUCUUCCGUGAACACGUCUCCCGCUUAGUGCCUACAGGUCAGCUUCCGGCCAGGCCAGCAUCCCCACUUACCCUACGACCGCCCUUCGAGUCCACCGCCUCUGAGCGCGAGGCCACAUGGCAUGCCUCCGAGGCCAGAAAAAUGGUCGAGAACACUUCUGGAAGUGGAAAGCUGGCCCCAGCGCCAUCUCACCUGAUGGCCGGUUCGUCAACCAGGCCGCCCGUGACGUGGUCGACCGCUCCGACUUCGUAUCCGGCAGCCCACGUUGAGCGAAGUAUGCUGCCCGACGAACAGCAAGCAAGAUCAUUGCCUCAGUUCCCUGGACAAUGGGCGCGAAACUCCUAA